GUGAAACCAUAGCUUUCUCUCUCUUGAAAACCAUGGCGUUGAGGUAUGGUGGACGCAAGUUGUCCUUCGACGUACUCACCGCUAGCACCUUCUUUGAAGACGGCGACGACGAUGAGACCCCCAUCUACAGAUCCAAUUCAGGGCCUCCAAUUCACCAAAAUGGCGUCGCAUCAAAUCCUAACCGCCGAAAACGGAAGAAGAAAAAGAAGCAGCUGAUGGAGUGUUCGAUAUCCGAAAAUUCAGUCACCGAUGGAGGCAUCGAGGGGGUUAUGGAUGAUUCUGUGAAUCAGAGGGUUUUCGAGAACGGUAAUUGUACGAAAGAAUUGGAAUUGGAAUCGGAUUGUAAGGGUUAUAAUUAUAGUGUUUCCAGUGUUGUAUGUGAGGAAGUGGUGAUGGCGGAAGGGAGUGGUGGUGGAGAGAUUGUGUGCACAGUGAGUUCGGUAAAUGGACCGGAAUUUGGGAAUUCGCAUGGUUGGGAAUUGAGGCAGAGGAGUGUUGCAAAUGGAGGAGGAGGAGGAGGAGGAGGAGGGAAUGAGGAAGCAGAAGUUUUGGAUUCGCGGAUUGAUAAGAAUGCGAAGGAAGAGGGUAGGAGUAGUAGCGGUCAGGAAUUGGAUUUGGCGAUGGGGAAACAACGGGUGGAGCAGAAUGGGGAUGCUGGGAGGAGAUUGGGAAAGGGAGAGUCGUUGGACUGGAAGAAAUUUAUGGAGGAAGAUCCGAAUUACACAUUUUCUGUGGAGAAGUUACCUGUGAAAUACUUCAUGGAAGAGAUGCAUGGUGGAAAUUCAUUACGGAGGACUACGACUCUAGGGAAUGAGAAAGAACGAGAAAGAGUGUACGAUACGAUAUUUCGCUUGCCAUGGCGAUGUGAACUGGAUGUAGUUUUUUGGUCCUACAUUGCUAUACAGAGAUUGAGGGCUGGACCUCACCUUUUGCUCAAAAUUCUUAAGGAUGACAAUGCUUUUGCAGCUUAUAGAUGUUGGCUACUUCGUCUGUUUCGAUUCGUUUCUGUCACUGUUGACUAUGAUGCCAACAAGGAUUCUUAUGACCUUUUGGAGGCUUCUUAAAACAAGGAUUACAGGAUCGAGGAGGAGCCCGGAAAAUAAAGAUAGAGAGUGAAACUUCAUCAGUUCAAUGUAGCACCUCAUACAUGAAUAAGAUUCCAAUUCUGAUUUAAUUUAUUAUUUUCUCAGAAAACCAACAAGAAACUUUGUGGUCCUAGUGCUCUGUUAGGUAGCAGUGAGGAGCAUUGGUGGAGUGAUUUACUUCUCAGAACAAGAGAUGUUAUUGUACUUGAGUUUUAU